AUGUUCCGGACACCGAUAUCGAUUCCUUCAACGAUCCGCCGUUGGUGGGGAUACUACCGAUCCAUACUCGGAAGUUACCACGAAUAUGCAGUACUCAUUUUAUUACCCGCCUUAUACUUCCGCUUCUCGUAUCCGAUCUUUACGCACAAUUCCGCAACAUUGAGCUUCUACCUGGCUGUUGUCUUUUUCUUUCUACCCAUCAAAACCGCGGCGGCGUUGUGGGGCUUUGUCGCUUGCGGCAGAGACAACCGCAAUCACUAUGGAAAGUCACGGUAUUCUACCGGCUUAUUAGCGACUCCUCUCAAAAGGAAAUCUCCCUGGCGUAUCCCCGCCUGGAUCCUAAGCGGUAUCUUUGUAAUCUGGACGUAUGCUUAUGGUACCGCAAGCCCUUUUCCCGAGGCAUCGGAAUUGGUCCGCGACCCUGUUUUCGUGGAGCACCAAAAGUCCAAUGCGUCCUACUUUAUCGCAGCUAGCUUUUGGAACAAUGAGCCCGUCCUGGACCAUUGGACCCGCGAAAUGACAUCUCUCAUUGAGGUUCUCGGUCCGCAAAACGUCUACCUCUCCUUGACUGAGAAUGACUCGGAAGACAACACCGCUUCGAAGCUGCUGCACUACGCGCGGAAGCUCACAAAAAUGGAGGUGCAACAUUCGCUAAAUAUUACGCGAGAACUCCGCGGAUACCCUUCCAACAUGCCCUGGGAGAACAUUCCCCACCGCAUGGCGUAUAUGGCUAACCUGCGUAACGGCGCUCUACAACCGCUGUAUGAAAAUAACACGCCGUUUCGCACUCUCGUGCUAAUGAAUGAUGUUGUAUUUCACCAUACUGACGUGCUAAAGCUGAUUAUUGCUAGCAAUGGUAAAACAAUGGCUUGUAGCGUAGAUAUGGAUGGCGCGACUCUAUACGAUCAAUGGGUGCUGCGUGACUCUUGUGGACGUGCUACGACCGGGUUUUGGCCAUUUUUCAUGGAUAGCAAGGAUAGGGCUGUGGUGAGGAGGGGAGGUGUUCUGAACGUAGGCACUUGCUGGAAUGGGAUCGUAGCGCUGGACGCUGAUCCGUUUUUGAAUAUGACCCUAAGAAGAAAGGGGAGUUGGAAUGGCGAUCCGCUGAGAUUCCCGCAACCGCCCGGUUGCAUUAUCUCCGAAUGUGCGCUUUUACCACUCACGCUUAUCAACCAGACGUCAGACCCCAUUGUAGUCAUGGACUCGUCUGUAGUUGUGGCGUAUACGGUGCACUGGUGGAAUUAUUACGCAGUAUGGCUGCGUAUGCCUGUUGUCAGGCUCUGGAUGCGCGUGUUUGAAGAGUGGUGGUGGGGCGCAUGGUGGAUAUUCUUCGGGGAUGGUCUAAAAUGGAUAGGCCUCGACGAUGGCAAAGAAAUGGGGGAGUGCGUCGUGGAGGGCUGGCCGGAGUGCGGUAGCAAAGCAACAUGGAAGAAAGGUAGUGUAAGGUUAAAGAAGAAGCAAACAACCGAGUGA